AUGGCUGGUCCUGGUAUACGGUUGCCCAAGCAGCUCCAGGAGCAGAUAGAACAAGCAGGGACCAGCCACAGCCAUCGGACACGGCACGCCAGACCGCAAAUUUCUCGCAAAGAGGCCAGGAAGCAGGAGAGGCAACAGCGCAAACAGAAUCGGGCUCAGUUCUUCUUGGGGCAGUCUAGCAAGCGCCAGGCUCAGGGCCCUGAGCAUGAAGACGUCCCAGCUGCAAAAAAGGUUCGAUUCUCCCCUUCGGACGCGCCUGUGGACGCUCGCAAGAGCCGCCCAGCGGUUGACCCCGUCUUAAAACCUGCGAGGAAAGGAAAGGAGAAGAAGGACGGGAAUAACGACGGGCGUUUGUCUACAACUGCACUGGAACGCUUAGCAAGCAAGACCGACCGCAAUGCGAGAUCAGUUCCGCGUACUCCGCAGGAAGAACAGGAAGACGCGUACAUCGCCUAUCUUGAACAAAAGCUGGGCUGGAGGAAAGGGAAGGGGAAAACAGGUCUUUAUGGGAGGGGCUUUGAAGACGAUGGUCUCAAUGAUUUGCUUCUGGAGCUGGACGAUUUUGACAGUUCAUCUCCUGAUACUUCGAACAAGGGGCGUAGUACUCGUACGCUCGAAAGUGACGCAGAGCUCUUGGUAGAUGGGGACUCAGAUAAUGAAGCCAGUACCUCCGGGUCGAACGGUGACUCCGACGACAAGUCAUGGCACGGUAUUGAACCGGCUGAGGGCGAGGAUCCGGCUGCCGAAGUGGAAUUGAGGCACCCCUCAACUGAACCGGAUUCAGAUAAGCCUUCCCAUAGCAUCCGAUACGUUCCUCCUCACCUUCGUCGGUCGCAGGAGAACACCCAACAACCAUCGGAAGAGAUCACCAAGCUAACUCGCCUCCUGAAAGGACAGCUGAACAGGUUGACCGAGCAGAAUAUUUCAUCUAUUGUAGACGGAAUCGAAGAAAUAUAUCGGAAACACCGGAGACAUGACGUUACUUCUACCUUAACGAAGCUGAUAAUUGACGGCAUAGCGUCCCACUCCAUCGUGCUGGACUCAUACGUCGUACUUCACGCCGCAUUCGUAGCCAGCAUGCACAAAAUUGUCGGCAACGAAUUUGCGGCUUAUUUCACCCAGACCGUCGUAUCCUCAUAUGAACGUUAUUAUCAUGACACCCUGGAACAAGCCCAGGAGAACGAUACGGAGACGAAAGGCAAAGAGUGCUCUAAUCUGAUAGUCCUCCUAUCGGAACUCUACAAUUUCCAAGUCGUAUCGUGCAUCCUUAUAUAUGACGUUAUCCGGGACCUGCUUAGCAAAGACCUCACUGAAUGGAACGUGGAGCUACUACUCAAGAUCGCUCGGAACUCCGGUCCUCAGCUCCGCCAUGAUGAUCCAUCUGCGCUCAAAGACAUCAUCCAGAUUGUUCAGGGCAGAUUGUCUGGACAGUCGGAUAACUUGAGUUCGCGUACUCGGUUCAUGCUAGAGACGCUGAUCAAUUUGAAGAAUAACAAGUUGAAAACCAACGCAGCUCCAGGCAGUGCUGAAACCAUCGAGCGCCUCAAGAAAUAUUUGUCGGGUCUUGGUAAACGGCGACAUGUGCUUGGGCACGAACCUCUACGGAUAACGCUGGAAGACCUACAUACCGCAGAGAGUAAGGGGAAAUGGUGGCUCGUCGGCGCCGCAUGGAACGGCAAUCCUCUGGUGGAUCGGCUGGAUAACAGCACACCAGAAUCAAAACUCGACAAUACCGAAAGCACUCUGGUGAAACUGGCUCGUAAACAGGGGAUGAACACGGAUAUCCGUCGUAGUAUCUUUGUUGUCUUAAUGAGCAGCGAGGAUUACCUUGAUGCAUGUGAACGUCUUGGACAGCUGAAUUUGACGGAGGUGCAGCAGCGGGAGAUCGUGCGCGUCAUACUACACUGCUGUGGGAAGGAAAAGGCUUACAACCCCUUCUACACUCUGGUGUGCCAGCAGUUAUGCCGUACGUCGCACUCGUACAAGAUCACCCUUCAAUUCUGCCUCUGGGAUUUCCUUCGGGACAUGGGCGAAUCCAAUGUCGGCGGGGCUGAGGUCAUCAAGAACACGGGUGAGAAUGAACCUGGAUUUUCGACGGGCAAGACCAUCUCCAAUGCGAAAAUGCAGAACAUAGCCAAGGCGUACGCUUGGUGGAUAGCAAAAGACUGCUGCCCUAUCUCGAUCCUCAAGCCUGUCGACUUUACUAUGCUGAAACUGCAGACGCGCACGUUCUUCAAGGAAUUCUUUAUCCAACUGUUUAUCAGCAGUCAAGCGACCAAUCCCACGGAACAAGUUGCUCCGAGGGACGCGCCAUUGACUCGCAACAGGGCCGCCAUUGAGCAGAUUUUCAUCCGCGCCACUCGGAUCGAGGCCCUUGCCCUGGGAUUGUUGUAUUUCCUAUCCGAGGCGUUCCGGCACGAGAAUGAAGAGGACAGCCGGGGCAAACUGGUCAAAUGGGCAGUAGAUGUGGCCAAGGAUACCCUGAAUACCGGCAUGGACAUAGUGCCGAAUCUCUAG